AUGCUAGUGAUAGAGCUACUGCUAACAUAUAGGAGGGUAUCAUCUGUAUACAUUGGAUUUUACAAUGCUUUACCAUUGAAGGUACAUUGUUGAUGUAGAUUAUAAAUAACAAGGGACCGAUCAAGGACCCUUGCGGGACUCCAAACAAAAUGGAUCGGGGAUCAGAUGUUGACCCAUUCACUGCAACGCUUUUGUCCUAUCUGUCAAGUAAGCCUUAAACCAUUGCACGGAAGCCUUACUGAACCCUAGUGAUGUUAACUUAUCCAAUAAUACACCAUGAUCAAGAGUAUGUUAUACUUUGCUAUCGACCCAUUCUGACUUUUCCUGACCAUCUGAUAUCACCAUUUUGUUUUAAGGUUGAAGAAAGCGGUUCAGUUAGUCAACAGCCUAGACACUGCUAGGUUUCCUCUUUUGCUGAGUCGAAUUGUACAAAAACUUCAUUUAAGGGUAUGGUUAAUUUGUUUCUUUUAUUUUUUCAUAUUUUUGUUCGUAACUUCCUCUAAAGGACAUCGCUUUUGUUUGCCUGUAGGCGAUAUAUUAGAACCCUUAUAUUAUCAAAAAGGCAUCAAAAUGCUUAUGUGCUGAUUUAAUUUUUGAUUGUUGUCUUUCCAGGAUGAAAGAGCAUUUUCAAAAGAUGAGGAGGAAAAACUUCAAGCAGCUUUAGGACUUGAAUCUGAUGACCUUUACAUUGUAUUAGAAACAUGUACAUUCAUUUUAGAGCAGGUAAAUUAAGAAUUGUGAUGAUAAUCCAUAGGAUAAAGGAAAUAUGAAAAGAAAAAACAAACAAGGAGCACUCAGAAUUUACAGCUGUAUAUAGAGAAGCAGAAAUUGAGAAAUUUGGAAAACUGAAAAAAAUUUGAUUCUAUCUGGAAUGUUUGAGGAUUAUUGCAUGGUUUAUUACUUGUUUUUCCUGGUCAGUCUCCCAGGGACUGGUUUUUUAGUAGGAGUAAAUAAAUUGAGCUCUUGAUGGAGUAGAAGUAGAAAUGGUAAUUAUAAAGCACCCACUGUAGACUAUAGACUUACUAAGCCCCACCUUAAGGGGUCGAGGAUGUGCCAGUGGGGUUCUUUCUUUUUUUCUUCUCACACUCCACAUUCGUUUUUGCACUUUGCAUGCUUGGCGUUCCACAUUAUUGCUCCUUAGAAUCCUACGUAGAUGAUUCCAAAUUGUAUCUAUCAUUCCCAGUCAAGGACAUAUAAGAAAUUUGUUUUGUUGUGCUGUCAAAAUACCGUAAAAUUCCGAAAAUAAGUGCCAGGGCUUAUAUUAUUUAUAUUAUUCAAAGACCCUUUUUUGGAGGGGCUUAUAUUCGGAGGGGCUUAAAUAUAUAUGGAGGGAAAUUUGUGCUUCAAAAUCGGCUAGGCUUAUACUUGGAGGGAAAUUUGCGUCAGGGCUGCCAAUAACCGCCGGCUUGUUAGCCAUCCCUAGCCGGCUAUUUUCGUCUCCUUCUACCAUAACUGCUAUCAAGAAAUAAGCACCAUCAAAUAAAAUGGUAAAGCAUCUGUUUCCCAGUUUUGAAUGACAUUGAACCCAUAUUCUAACAGGUUUAGACCUGUGAAACGUUUGAACCUUAGAGAAAUUUGGACGGCAUUGUUCCCAGUCUUGCGUGCAUUCUGACGAAACAACAUGGCGUCCGCAGUGGGAAACACCUCUUGAAAACCCCUGGAAACGCCAUUUCCAAUAAAACUAUUGUUUGAGUAAAAUCCAACUAGUUGGUCAAAAACAUCGAGAAUUAAAAAAUUUUAGCUAGUUAAAGCUAGGCUUUAAUCCUUUUUUGCCGCCAAAAAGCUCGCGCUUUUCGCUAGCUCAACUUAUCAGAACGCAGCAUUGAUGAUGGACCACUAGUUGGAUUUUACUAAUUUUCAAUAUUAUCAAUAAGAGGACAGACACAUAAAAUGUUAAUUUAUGCAAGAUUCUGUCAUUUGCCAAACGAAUACCGAACUUCUGUGUUUUUCAAAAGUAGGUUAAGUUUGAUCGUCCGGGUGAACGUAGUCCUGAAUAGGACUGUUGUUGAUGACAGUGACUGACGUUUCGACAACCUGUGCGGUAGUCAUCUUCAGAGUCAAAGUGAGUUGUAUCACGUCAGUUGAUGGUAUUAUACUCUGGUUAUUGAUCUGAUUGGUCGAUUACGUCGCGAUGGUCGUCUGCCAGUUAAGUCAGUUAUUGGCUAUGAAGACUCGUAAUCAGUAAUGGGUGCGUUUCGAUCCGUCUAUUGUCACAGUUAAACAGUUGUCUAUUGUUAGUCAAAUUGUCAGUUCUCCAGUCGUUCUCUCGUAGUUAGUUUAGUUAGUUUUGCUUUAUCUCGUCAAUAAGUCGUUUGUACGGCGCUGGUAACUGUUGGCUACGAUUCAGUGGCGUUUGUUCUAAGUUAGUAAACCAGCUCUCUAAAGUAAGACGUUGAUAGUAGUCUGUAGAAUACGUUAUACCUGUCGCAGAGUCCCAGUCAAUUUGAUGUUUCGUCUUUAAACGAAACAACGUCUGACUUUUAACGUCUUACUUUAUAAAGCUGGUUUACUAACUUAGAACAAACGCCACUGAAUCGUAGCCAACAGUUACCAGCGCCGUACAAACGACUUACUGACGAGAUCGGGCAAAACUAGGAAACUUAAGAACCACGACGACGACUUUGUCGACGACGACCGGAAGCGAGAUACCGUGUACUGCGCAAGCGCGGUUAACAAAUUUCGUCGUCGUGGUGUCGUCGACGACGCCAAACACAGUAGAAUCACGUCGUCCUGCAAUCCACAGGCUUCGGCAGGUAUAACUCCCUGUUUUUAAGCUAUUUUUCAAGGGCUUUGUAUUUUUUCACCUCGUAAAUCCAGGUAUCCUUUCUUUUUUCUCCUAACAAGCGAUGUUGAUUGAAAAUUUGACUGAUGAAUUGUGUUUACUUCGAAGACAACACUGAGCUGUGCAGGCCGAGCGAGCGAACUCGUAAGUGACAAAUUUAUUUGUACGUAUUUAGGUCAGGCAAAUCAUAUCUUUAACAUAGAGGAGAUGAACUUUAUAUGGAAAACAGCUAUCGCAUCGGAAUGUCUCUUUUUGCAAAUCUAAACUCUGACAGACACUCGGACUCGGUCAUGUCAUUCAGGUUGAAAGUUGAAUACCCUUCGUACGGAAAGCAGAGAUUUUUCCAUUCGAAAAGGUCAGACAACACUAAAAAUUCUUCAUUGUAAAUGAAAGUAGACGUACGGCUUAUAAAAUAAGAUCUUGCAUCGUCUUAAAAGACGCCUUUGCGAAAAAACUUUGUUGCGAACGAACAUCACACUGACAUCACAGUUGUUCUACUUCUACAUGUUUGUUUACAUUCAGUUUCGUUGUCGUCGACCUACCGAUCGACAUGCAUCUUAAGUUUCCUUUUUCCCGCCGAAACUGACGUUCUCGUUCCAGUCCUUUCCCAGUCAACAGACGUCGUCGUCGUGAACUUCGUCGUGGUUCUUAAGUUCCCUACUAACUACGAGAGAACGACUGGAGAACUGACCAUUUGAAUAACAAUAGACAGAUCGAAACGCACCCAUUACUGAUUACGACUCUUCAUAGCCAAUAACAUCACGGCUUAACUGACAGACGACCAAAAACAUCGCGACGUAAUUGACCAAUCAGAUCAAUAACCAGAGUAUAAUACCAUCAACUGACGUGAUACCACUCACUUUGACUCUGAAGAUGACCACCGCAGACGUUGUCGAAACGUCAGCCACUGUCAACAACAACAGUCCUAUUCAGGACUACGUUCACCCGGACGAUCAAACACAACCUACUGUUGAAAUGACUCCUGGGUUCAAACCUUUCACAGUUUCUGUGUUUUUGCUUAGUUUUUUUAGUUUCAUUGAAGAUUCACUUCCUGUCCUCUGAGAAAAAUAGCCAGAUAGCUCUACAGCAAAACUUGCAUCCUGCUUGGAUUCUCUGCUAAAAGCUUAAGCAGAGGAAUCUAAAGAAGACACUUAGUUUCAGGACGACAAACAAGACAAUUACUGAAGUUACUAAACAACCGGCCGUACACGAUGUCUGUUCGUAGUGAUUGGUUAGCAACUCUUCAAAACUGCCUGAUCUACAGAGAGCUGAAUCUUACAUUGUUCGGUUACUUUAACGGCUCCAAAAUCUUUCCUUGGAAUAAGAUAAAACCUUGGGCUAGUUUACGACUUUCUACAAGUGACUCCUUUUUUUAAGACAAUAAACAUCCUAAUUUAUGCAGGGAAGUGGCGUGACUCAACCUGUCAAAUUUUAUCCUGAUCCACGCCCAUGUCAUCAUUUGUGGACUAGGUCAAGUUAAGCAAGCUGGGUUAGUUGAUACUGAACUGUCAAAGAGAGGCUCCAUAUUUAAGAUCUUUAGAGGCUGGCAUCUCUAAGUAUGCCUGAAGGAUGAUUGAAGUAGAAUGUCAGAGUUGGUGUUUUAUGAUGUUAAGUAGAUUAUCAGUAUUAAAUGAUUUUGUCUCCUAGGCUGCUUAUCACAAUGCCAAAGCACAAUUGUUGAAGCUGCAGCUACAAAAUAUCGAAUUAACAGAUGAAAAGGUAUUCUUUAGUCAGUCAGUCUAAAAUACUUGCCGUGGACUGCAGUAUAAACGCAAAAACUCUUGCGCCAAAAAAUUAAAUACUCUCACUAAAAUAAAGUAAAUUUUUACCUGUUAUAUGUUUUUUCUUUAGUCAUAAAAAUCGUCUUUUUGUUUUUAACCCUUCUAACCACCUUUUUAAACCCAGUGUAGUCUGUAGUCCAUAUUUUAUACCACUCUUUGGUCUGUGGACCAUGCUUUAUUAUGGCUCAUACUUUGUUACGUUGUAUCCACUAACAAUUUUAUACUAGUUAUAGCUAUCGCUGAGUUCCAACGAACAAAGAUUUUACUUACACGCACGCGCUGUUGAAUUUGUUUAGAAAUGUCAUGAAAUGCAGCAAGAGCCAUAACAGGACAGCUGUCCUAUUAUGAUCUCUUAAAUGCAGUAAUUGAUGAAAAAUAGCCGCCUCUUAACAACAAUUUACUGCCGAGGUGAGUGCAAAGCAGUUUAUCAAGCGCCAGCUCCCCACAACACAUGUGGGAACUGUUGGCUGGGAGCCGCACAGCAGUCCUACCACCACAUGCGCAGGGAAGGUGGAUCACGAGUUACCAGUAAAUUAAAGCAAGGGGCCAACCAACCCACGGCCUGGCCGUUACCUCACGCAUGCGCACAGCCAUAUCACGCGGGCGGUGGCAGCCAUGGACAGCAGUUUCGCCCUUACUGGGGCUCAUCAGAAUGGCAUAGCCGUCGGUCAUUGACCGGGGAAAACCUGUGUAUAAAAGACCCUUUCCUGCCGAGGCAAGUCCUGUAAGUGCCAGUUCCACACAACACAUGUGGGAGCUGUUGGCAAGGAACCGCACGGCAGUUCUCCCACAACAUGCGCGGGGAAGGCGGAUCAUGGUUUUGGUGUAUGUGUGCCCUUGCUUUAAUUUGUCUUUUGAAAAUAGUGAACUAAACUGUUCUACUGCGUAAAGAAUUUGAAAUACCGACUUUACGCAGCAAAUUUGUCGAGAUAUUGAAGUAGGUGUUUUUGUCCAAAGUUGCGCACAAGUCAUUUUGCGUAAAAUUUAGUGGUCUUAAAAGCAACCUAAAAAUUCCUCUUUUUAAGCUAAAAAACUUUAGGGUGCGCCAGUGAAGCCUUUCGAAUUAUUUUGCUUCAAAGACACAAAAGAUUUCGCUGCGUUAUUCUUUUUCUUAGCGGCAUGCAAUAAAAAAUUCCAGCGGGCCAAUGCGACAGAUAUAGCGUAGGAUGGAACUGAUCCACCCGAUGAUUGGUUGAAGACCGGAUGAGCACGGGAAUUACAAACACGCACACGGCUCGUGGAUUCUCUGAUCUGUAUCACGAGCUCGCUGGAAAACAAUGCAUUCUAUGUCCUGCAUUACGUCAUGGUUGCCUUACAUUACUCUAUGUUACAUCGAUUCGAGAUUUUUCCUGCCCCUGGAACAAUCGCGCACGGCCCUAUUAGCCUCGCGUCUUCGUGAGGCUGCUCUUUGGCAAAAAGUAGUACUGUAAAAUUAUUUCUCCUGAUGUAUGAGGUCUGUCUUGGCAUGAAAUAAAUUGCAUUCACGGUUUGAAGACACUUAGGGGAAAACUGACAGAAGUUUACCACAGGGAUUUACAACUAAUGCUGUUUAUUACAAAUUUUCAGCUAGAAAUUUAGCAAAAGGAAAAGCCUGUUUUAGCAGGAUACUUUUGUCCUUUGUUUUGUUUGUAUGGUUCAAAAUCAUCUGGUUUUCCCUUUUACUCGCUGUUGACUGUUUGUUCUCAUUUUUUUUUGGGGGGAGGGGUUCUAACGUAAUACACUGUACCUAUAAAAUUAAGGAAACUCAUAUUUUUGUUAUUAUGGGAUUACUUGUUACAUUUACUCAGUUUUCAGCAGUUCAUGUUGCAAUUUUGUAUUCAAGACUCAGGCAAUAGUGGAUCUGUGGACUUCUAAUGGAAAGUCUGUCGUAGAGAAGCUGAAGCAAAGAAGCCUGGCACCUAAACAGGUACAUGUAAUCAAUACACAUCAUUAAUAAAUUUCUUAUAGUCAUAAGUUCAUUACUUAAUUUAUGAAACUUUGUCAGGUGAUAAAAGCUUUAAUUUGUUUUGAAUAGCUUCAAGCAGUAAGCUGGAGGCUAAACCUGCAAAUGGCUCAAAGCAAUGCAACUAAGAUGAAACUGCCAAAUGCUAUGAUGGAGUUCAGUGUUGCAUCUGGACGCCAGGUAAGAACGCGCCUUGUAUCAUACUCACCUAAAGGUGAUUUAUGUGUUCUUUUUAAAAUUAAUAAGUAAGUAAACUGAUUGCUUACUUACACGUGUUCUUCUUUCCUUCCUUCCUUACUUACUAACUAACUUGCUUACUUUUUUACGUAUUUACGUACUUACUUUCUUACUUACUUACUUAUUUACGUACAUACUAAUUAUUGUCCCUUGAGACUUGUCAUUCUCCUGUUUUCAAAGUUCUUUUGUCUACCUGGUUCUCGUAGCGUUUCUUGAUUCCUCAUGUUUCUCUGUGGAUCCAGUCAUUAGUUGGUAUAAAGGAUAAGUACAUCAAUGUACAUUCAACGACCUUUAAAUCUGGAAUAAGAAUAUGAUUCGAAUUUUCCUGGGAUAUAGUGUUUUUUUUUUGUAAAGGAAGAUUUUCUGUUGUCCAAGUAAUGUCACAAUUAAUAAUACAAUCAACAUCACGGGAACAUAUGACCACAUAUUGACCAGUUCCCAACAUCAGUGGCUUCAUAGCUUAGUUGGCUGGAACGUCGCACCGGUGUCGUGAGGUCACGGGUUCAAAUCCCGUUGAAGUCCUGAAUUUUUUUCAGGCUUCUUACGCAAUUGCAUAAAUUGCGUUCACAACUGCGAGGAUCUUUCUUCGCUUGACAAUCAACGUUGUUGUUAUGAGGAUAUUGCUUUGUUUAAGUGUGAAGAAAUUCUAGAAGAUGAUUUGUUAGUGGAGAUAAUAAAUUAUGUUUAAAGAAGACAAGGAAACUGUUGGCAUGAUGUUGGUUUGCCGAUUUAUAUUUCCCUCUUCCCUGUUGCAAGGAAAUAUGCCAAAGAGUUUCCUGUCUGCUCUAGUAAUUUUUUCUUCCAUAUCGCCCUAUCGUCAUUGUUUAAGUGCUGUUUAUAGACCUGGUCACGGUUUUCGACGCCAUCUUAACGAGUAGGCAAACGUGUGAGAAAUUACGGUGUUUGUAUGAGAAUGUAAUGUCGAAUAAUUUCCGUAAAACGGCUGUUCUGAAAAAAAUUUAAGUUGUAAACUAAAGCUACAAAGCAAAGGAUCGCACUAAAAAAUUUUGGGGGCGUACCUGUGCUUAAAUUUCUCCAGAGGCUUGCUUUAGAUUUUCCAUAUAUUUGUCCGUAAUUUUUCCCGGGACUUUCUUACAGACAAAGGAGUAGUUCUAGGUCUUCUAGCGCAUGUAAUUCCCUCAAUUUUUUUCGGGAGAAUCCUUAGGAGUGAAGCUUUAGUUUACAAUUGAUAUUUUUUUCAGAACAGCCAUUGUACGGAAAUUAUUCGACAUUAGAUUCUCAUACAAACAUUGUAAUUUUUCACGCGUUUGCCUACUCGUCAAGAUGGCGUCGAAAACCGUGACAAGGUCUAUUGUCACUAACAAUGUCCGUUACUGUCUUUGUUUUUGUUAAAACUAGAUGAAACUCAAGGAAAAUUAUGUCUAUGGAACAUACUCCACUCAUUCCAGGAUACUUAAAUUCAUGUUCCACAAUAUUCUAUGUAUUCCUAUUCCAGAAUAAGGUCAAUCGAAAGCACCUUGGCCUUGAUCUUUUAGGACAUCAAUUGAUAUUAUUUUCUCAUAUUUCAGACACAAAUAGUUGACUAACUCAAGUCGUUUUUCUUUCAUCAUCUUAUAAAAAAGAGCCUCUUUAGCUUGCUCCUGGAAAGUAAAUGCAUACUUGAAAAAAAACUUUUUCUUUAUGAAGUGUACAAUCUUUUUGGUCUCCCCUUUUCUGGGUAGUGAGAAUUAUUUUGUUCAGUUAAAUAUAAAAGCUGCACUAGCCUUCAGAUUAUCAUACUGAAGACUAAUCUUCAACCUUGAAAAUCAGGAAACCGUUAAGUGAAUAAGUGUAUUGACCAUAGUCUUGAUCUUAUUUCAGGGUGUUAGGGAAAAAGUCCAUGUAGAAUUCACCCAUGAAGAAUUAUAUGCCCUUUAUAAUCAGGUCAGUGGUUAGGUACUGCUUUUGCAAUAAAUAAAACAGCUUGGAAGGAAGUACAUCUUACUUUCAGAUUUGUGUUACUUUUGCACCUUUUACUCAAUAGUACUUUGACACACGACAAUGGGAAGCCCAGCCAUCAUAUUCACUUGUCCAAAUUAUCAUCAUUAUUCAUAUUCUAGACUAUUGUUCAACACUGUUAUUUAUUUGUGUUUUUCUCCUGUGUAGCUGGAAAUCAUUCAGAGUCAGCUUGAUUCUCUCAGUUAACGUGGGCUGUUUUACACCUCAAGUUUGCUGUGUUGUUUUGAUGGGGUUUUCAAACGCCAUUCAGUGAGGCCUUGUUUCUUAAUCAUUCUAAACCUUCGCCUGAUUUCUAAAAAGAAGGAGGACAGGACAGGAGGAGCGUUCUAUAUGCCAACCUAAUAUUUACAUCACAAGAAUUGAGCAAAGAAAAUUAUGUGAAUUUAAUUGACAGCCAUAUAUAAAGCUCAUUUAUAACUCAUAAAGCAGGAGCAAAGGACUUCCCUAGUGUGAAGGAAAUUUGCCAUCCAGUACCUUCUUACUAUGACCAUGAAAUGUUUACUGAUUGUUUUUAUUUGUAUUGAAAUAAGAAAGUGCAUGUAUCUUAAGCACUUUAAACACUGUUUUAUCCGAUAUCCAGACACCAUGAUGUUACAAGUAAACAGGGUCAAAAGAAGGUUGAGUUUGAUCGUCUGGGUGAACGUAGUCCUGAAUAGGACUGUUGUUGUUGACAGUUGUACUGUGGGUACCGUUGUACUGUGGGUCCCCGACCUACCGACUGUCUAAAAACUUACCUAACGUACUGAAACUACUGACUGACGAAUCCAGACAAAAACUACAGUCUACUGAGAACUUUAUGGACGCCAUUAAGACAAUACAGAUACCGGACGACCAAAAACUAGUGUCCUUUGACGUGUUCACCAGUAUUCCACUUCAACUGGCUCUAGACUGUACUGAGAACGCUAUAAGAACUCUACUGUUGAACUACCACUACCUACAGACGACAUUAUGGACCUGCUUAACCCCUGUUUGA